AUGUCAAUAAAAUCUCAAAAAUCUUUAAAUGAAGAGUGUUCAGAGAUAUUAGAAAAGAGUUAUUCGGUUAGGGGUCUAUCGGACGAUAGCAUCUCGAGCGAUGAUAACGAAGAUUGUCUCUCCCGUGAGCUUCUACGGAAGAUCUCUCCAGCAGUGCUCAGUAAGCUUAGGAGACGUUUUAAAAGGGACAAAGCCAGGGGCGUCGCCAAUAUUGACAGGAAGGUGGAAGAAGUGAUGAAGGCGGCAGCAAAGGAAGAGGGAAUAGAGUUUACGGUGACGUCACAACAUAACGACACGCUGUGGCUCAAAGCUGAGGAAUUUGUUGAAGCGAUCGACGAAGUAUUCGGCCCUCACAAGUACUCGGCGCACGCGCGUCAACUGUGCCUAGUUCUGGACCCGCUGCGUAGCGGCCGCGUGCGAUGGGGCGCUCUUCUGAACCGCCUGUUGCCCUCAGAGAGGACGCCAGCCAGCCAGCGCCCCGCCCCAGAAUGCAUGCGGCCCUUACAACUACGCCACAGCCAGUCAUCUUCCGAUGUUCCGAUUUCCGAACGUUUUGUCUCAUUUCCAGAGGAGUGCAUUAUUAAGUUGGUGGGCAUAGAGAGAGAGGACUCUUUCUGCUACGUAGCUGUAUCCAAAGGCGGUAAAGUCGGCGUGUACAGUGGCCAGUUCAAACUGCUCAGCAGUUACGAGUGUUUGGCGUACAGUCCGUGCGGUGAAGACGGAAGUAGUUCGUUGAUGAUUGGUACAGUCCGCGGCGCUCUGUGCGUGCUUCGCUUCACACGGCCAAGGGUCUCCCUGCUGCAGUACACUCCCGACGCACUAGCAUACAGCGGCUGGACGGAGCUGUGUUCAGGUGCGCAGCGUGCGUAUUGUACCGCGCGCACGCACGCUGCGCUGCACUCGCGCGCUGUGCGCCGCGUGCUGUGCGAGAGGGACGCACGGCGUGUUCUGUCCUGCUCGCACGAUACUUCUUGCAGCCUGCGCGUGCGCCAUGCGUCACCUCACCUCGACGAUUACACAUUGAAGUUGCAACGUGGCGCGAGCUGCUUCCACGCCGUGGUGGCUCUGCGGCUGGUGGCAGUUGGCAGCGCGGACGGCGCUGUCCGCCUGUGGUCACCACCGCAGAGCAUGCCGUUCGCCAAACUGACCGUUCCUGGCUCGGCGGCCGUGCUGGACGUCGCCAUUUUGACCCGCCUCGAGGUGGUCGUCGUUUUCCACAGCAACUGCGACCUGCUCGCCGGAUGGAUACAAAAGAUGCGAUCCAAGACUUACUCGGUGAAUCAGGCCAACUGCAUAAUGAUGGAGAACAUGGAA